AUGCCUUUAUUCGACAUGCCCCUCAAUGAAGAUCAAGAGGAAAUCCGACUCUUCACAAUCCUCCCUGACAAUGACAGAACAAGACCAAUUCGUGGCAACCUUCAUAUUGUCUCACUUUAUGAUUCGCCAGAUUUUGAGGCUCUUUCGUACACUUGGGGUAACUGCUCUGAAGAGAGGACUAUCUUUGUUAAUGGCCAGUCUUUUCCUGUGACCCCAAACCUAGAAGAAGCCCUUCGUCACCUACGCCAAUCUCAUAGGGCCCGAGUUGUUUGGAUUGAUGCUAUCUGCAUCGAUCAAAAGAAUCACAGCGAAAAGACCUUUCAAAUUCCUCUGAUGGGGGACAUAUACUCAACAGCGAGUCAGAUCAUUGCUUGGCUGGGAGAGUCAAACCCGAAUAUCGUGUUGGCCAUGGGCCUUAUGGAGCAUUUCGAGGAUAAAGAGUCACCAGCAUCUCAAAUUUUGAGCAAGUUGACCAAACUGUCCGGAGUCUCUGUCGAAUUCACACGAGCAGGAGAGCUAGCGAUGGCACGAGCCUUUCUAGGCAUAGCAGAUAUCCUAAGAAGGCCAUACUGGAAUCGAAUGUGGACAUUCCAAGAAUGGCAUUUGCCAGGAGAGAAGAUUAUCUGUAUGUGUGGGGAUUUCACAUUUGAUCCAGCUCCCUUGACAGAGUUUUUGCCCAUGACAAUCUCGAAUACUAUCGAAAAAAUCAAGAGUUGCCAUGACGAUGAGGACACGUACAACAACCAAGACCUUGAAGCAGCCAAGCAUAUUCGCGCUUUCGACAAGAUCAUCCAGAGAUUCCAGGACCUGUGGAAGGAGGGAGCUGUCAAUGUUUUCUCUGCAAGACGCACUCGUGGGAUGUUCAAAAACUACAGUGAAACCACAGCCUUCAUGAUCAACCACGACAGGGAGAGCACACUAUUCACCUAUUUCAGGUUUUGCAACACCGAAGGAUCACCUUCAUGGGUACUGGAUAUUAUGGAUGUUACGCACUCACCUCGACCGGAUGAUGCAGAGGAUUGGGACACCCGCUAUCUUUUACCUCCUAGACAGGUCGGAGUAGAGCCUGAAAAAUGUCUUUAUGAAGAUACGGGCCACCCGUUGCCAGCUAUAGAUGGUGGUUUAUCAACACUUCGACUCUCAACCCGUCAAGUGGGCGUGUGCCACCCCAUCCUUCAGUUUGACUCGGAUUUUAUCGACCAAAUCAGAUCAAUCCAUCAAAUCACGAAGAUUACCCCAAAAGAAUUGGCCCACGUUUGGGGUCGCGAAACACUGAACAGGAGAAUCUGGGAGGCAUGUUUGGGCCCUAGGAAUGAACAUCUUUGGUCAUCAAGUUUGGGAACAACACUGGAACUUUGGAGACCUGAUAUACGUUCGAGGAAAGAUCCCCUCGUCAAAGAUUUGGAAGUCCUUGCUGAAGACCUGAUGAGCUACGGGUUUCUGAGUAGAGAAGACUCGGCGAAAUUAGGACUUUUCCAAGGGAUACUGGUAAGAAUUGCUGGCAAAUCUUUGUUGGUAGUAAAUAGCCAAGAGAUUACAGGGUUUGGAAUCGGGGAUGGCAAUAUCAAAGAUGGAGAUAUUGCAAUUGUUGCUUCUGGGGUGGGACAAACAAUAGUGAUUCGUAAAAAGUCCGAGGUGAAUACCGAUGAACAGGUGUAUACUAUUGUUGGAAAAGCGGGGAUUGAUGGCAUUGGAGAACAUCAAAAGUCUUCGCAGACCCCUUUUGUGACCAAGCUAAAAGAACAACCAUUUGAAGAAUUUGUCAUAUGCUAG